CCCUCGCGGCUCCGGCCGGCGCCUGGGCGCGGAGCCAAGGGGGCGCCCGGGCUGCCGGGGCCCCGGAGGGACGUGGAGAGAGGCAUGUGCGAAGGGCUCCGCUGCAGUGUCAAGAAUUCGAUCUGUCGUCCUCCUGACGGUGUCUCCACUGUGGCUGCGCUGAGCACAGGUCAAGCAAGACCAGCAGGCCAGAUGUGGAUUUCCAGUUCCCACCAUGGCUUAUACACCUACUGAUUUGUGAAAUGGGAUUGUGAAAACGGAUGGUACCAAGGGCCUCUGCUCAACUGUCUGUGGAUGAUGGGGGACCACCUCAGACCCAUGGAAGUUCUCAAUAUUUCCUUGGAAGACAACCUACAGCCCCAUCCAGAAGCAUAUCCAAGUGAACUAUGUGGCCGUCCAGGCCCUUCUGAACCUUGCCAGGAUCAUACCUGUUCGUUUGACCCCCCUGAGUCCACCAGGCCUGAUGCUCAUCAAGGUAACUCUGGUGUGGAGCCCACUCACCUGGGAAGCUGCCUGGUGCAGGGGGAGGCCAGGCAGGCCCCAGCAUCACUGAGGUCACUGGGGAACAGCAGCUCUUUGGGGAGUCCACAGCAGAACCAGAGCUCAUCCACCCAGGUAGUAUUCUGGGCUGGCAUCCUGCAGGCCCAGAUGUGUGUCCUGGACCUGGAAGAGGAGCUAGAGAAAACAGAGGGAUUUAGAGCAGGACUCAGGUGCUGCAUUCCACCGCCCUCUAAGGAUUUCCUUGGCGAUGUGGGCCUGAGCCCCAGCCAGCCCAAGGAGGAUGAAGACUCUGGGGAUGACAGCAGUGGGCCUGAGGAGGAGAACCAGGCCUGGCCAAGUGGAACAAUUCCACCAGAGUGGGGUGCUGAGGAGGACAGUAUCUUCUUUGAUAAUCCCCUCUUCCUGGAGAGCCCUUGUUCAGACACCAGCACUGAAGAAGAAUGCUUUUCCUGGGGGUACCCAAAUUCCCACCCAGACAUGAAGACCUGGCCUCAGAGCCCUCAAACCCUGGAUUCUCCUUUCCAAGAAGGCACAGGGCUCUGGAGGCAAGAAAAUGAGCUGGAUUUGGGGAGCAACACUGCUGACCAUGGUGGGUGCUCCACCCCUCCAUUCCCUGUGCCUUCCUAUAAGACGCACCCCUGCUUGGCCUUAGGAUCCACUGAAGGGGCUUCCACAGUACCUCCUGAUCAGGAGGGUGAGACUUCUUGGGAAGAUGAUAUUGGCCCUGGCUCACCUAAAUUACCCAAUGUAGACCAUAAAUUGCUCCAGGAAUCAGAUGACUUUGGAUUUGACCUUAGACCUGACACAUCACAUCCUGUUCAGCUUUGGGGCUCAGAGUCUCCCCAAAGCCUUUCUGACCUGGCUCCACCCAUACUUGAGGACCUGCAGACAGAAGAUCCUUCCAGAGCCCAGGAGUCUCUUAUCUCCCAAAACAGAGGCCUGAGAGAUGCUGGCUGUUUCCAGGAGCCCAUGCUCUGCACCUUGGCCCCCUGGGGGAGCCAAGCAUCUUUACUGGAGCCUACCUGCCCAGAAUCUGAGGGCAGAGGCUCUGGUUCCCGGCCCAGCCCUGUGUCUUCCCAGGAGAGCAGUCCACAGGUUCAGCUCCACAGUCCCAAGUGGCCAAAAGAUGCCUCACACCCUUUGCUCCUGGAGAAGGAUAAAUCAGAGUUGAGUUCUCUGAAGAAAGAGGAGACAGAGGAGGUCCCAAGCCUGAGGCAGGAAGUAGAGUGUGAAGAUACAUCCAGAAGUGAAGAGGCUUCCGCCACCCAACGCCAUGUUCACUUGCCUUCUGCAGAAGGGCUUCCUGAGAGCUCCAUGCCCCAAGCUCAAUCUCCAGAGGAAGGCUGGAGGCCAUCAUCAUUUAGAGAGAAGUUGGCUAAUAACAUCAGAAAUGACAAGGGGGCCUGGAACCUAGCCUUGCGCCUCUAUCAACUGGAUGGUUUUCGGAAGUCUGAAGUGGCUGCCCACCUAUACAAGAACAAUGACUUCAGCAAGGCUGUAGCCGAGGCCUACUUGUCCUUCUUCCAGUUCGAAGGCCAGAGCCUGGACCGAGCCCUCCGUGGGUUUCUCCAGGCCCUGGUGCUCACUGGAGAGACUCAGGAGCGGGAACGAAUUCUCUACCAGUUUUCCAAACGCUUCCAUUACUGCAAUCCUGGAGCCUUCCCCUCAGUAGAUUCUGUACACACUUUGACCUGUGCAAUCAUGCUCCUUAACACAGACCUACAUGGACAGAACAUUGGAAAGAGCAUGAGCUGUCAGGAAUUUGUGACCAACCUGAAUGGCCUGCAGGAUGGUGGGAACUUCCCCAAAGAGCUGCUGAAGGCCCUCUACUGGUCAAUCCGCAGUGAGAAGCUCGAGUGGGCUGUAGAUGAAGAAAAUGCGGCCAGACCCGAGAAGGACCAGCCCUCUCCCUCAGCUGGCAAGAUAAGCAGCCCCUUCCUGCAGAUGGCUCAGGACCCCACGAUGCCCACCUAUAAACAGGGCAUCCUGGCUCGGAAGAUGCAUCAUGAUGCUGAUGGCAAGAAGACGCCAUGGGGCAAACGAGGCUGGAAGAUGUUUCACACCUUACUGAGAGGGAUGGUCCUCUACUUCCUAAAGGGAGAGGGCCAAUGGCUGGAUGGAGACAGUUUGAUAGGACACAUGGUGGAUGAGCCUGUAGGAGUGCACCACUCGCUAGCCAGCCCAGCCACCCACUACACCAAGAAGCCACAUGUCUUCCAGCUUCGGACUGCAGACUGGCGUCUCUACCUCUUCCGUGCUCCCACUGCCAAAGAAAUGGCUUCCUGGAUUGCACGAAUCAACCUAGCGGCUGCCACACACUCAGCACCUCCCUUUCCAGCUGCAGUGGGCUCCCAGCGCAGAUUCGUAAGGCCCAUCCUGCCCAUGAACCCCGCGCAGAGCUCCCUGGAGGAGCAGCAUCGAUCCCACGAGAACUGCCUGGAUGCUGCCUCAGAUGACCUGCUGGAUUUGCAGAGGAACCUGCCAGAGCGACGGGGCCGCAGCCGGGAGCUGGAGGAGUAUCGCUUACGGAAGGAGUAUCUGGAGCACGAGAAAACUCGAUAUGAGACAUAUGUGCAGCUUCUGGUGGCCCGCCUACGCUUCCCUUUGGGGGACUUGGCUCUGUGGGAAGAUCAACUUGGGAAGGAAGCUGACAGUUCUCAGGAGCCCAGGCCGAGCCUGAAGAAGUCCUACUCAAGCCCAUCCCUGCACCAGGAUGAAGCCCCCACCACAGCCAAGGUGAAACGCAACAUCUCAGAGCGCAGAACCUACCGGAAGAUCAUUCCCAAGAGGAACCGCAAUCAGCUGUGAAGCUGUUGCCCUCUCAGACACUGACCACUGCUCUGGCGUGGACCUGAGAUGCAAUCCUAUAUAUCUGGACCAUGGUGAUGAUGGUCCAGAUAUGAGAUGAGGCAUCUCUGCUUCUGUGCUGAAGGAUGGGGCUCGUUUCCCUGUGUCUCCAUUCCCUGGCUUUUUAGAACUGCCCCAAUCUUGCCAUACGUGCUCACUGUCCCCCAUGGCAGUUCCUCCAUCACCCUAACCCUGACCAUUCAAGAGCAAGGUUGAGUGAGGCCUUGACUCCAUUUGUGGGGUUUGUCCCAUGUGCCCUCUCUCCUCUAAAACACAGGGCCUGGGUUUCUGGGAGGUAACUUGAGGCAGUCUAGCCAGGACUGUUCACUGGGAACAAUCUUUGGUCCCAGAAGCAUAGGGCAGGACCUCUUGGGAAUUCCUAAGCAGCAUCUUGUGACACAGGAAGCAGGGUUACUCUAGCGCUGCCCAGUAAAGGACAGCCUUCUAAUAGUCUUUGGCAGGUUCAGGGCUCAGGGAUGCCGUGGGUCUUCUGAUCCUCUGGCUGCUUUAUCCUGCGAUCAGCCAGUGCCCCUCCCAGCAGUACGUGAGAAGGCUGCAUGCCUAAGUGUUAAUCAACAGCAGAGUAUGUGGCCUGAACCAGGGUCAAUAGGAGUGGGGGCCUCUAGAGCUUUAUGGAGAACUCUUGGAACAAGGAGCCUUUGUUCCCUGAGAGUAAUGAGGGUAACUUUUCUAGGGUAGACCACUGUGGAAGGAGGGGGGUGGAGGUGGUGACAAUUCUCCUGGGGAAUCUGCCUGGCAGUGGAAGUGGAGAUUGGAGCCCUGGGUUUUCACUGCUUUCUGUAGCCACCCCCAUCGUGCCUCCAUCCUCAGUACCCCUCAAAGCUGCAUUCCAAAGGGUUGUCAGGACCUAUUUCUCAUUCCCAGGGCAGCUCCCAGGCCUUUGCUGCCCUGCCUUAGGAAAUCCCCUUGUACUUCUUUUUGGCUUCUUCCCAGGCAUGCCUAUUCUCCAGGGGAGGUUCUGGAGACUCAGGAACUUAGGCUGUGCCUGUGAGGAGGAGGCUGGCCUGGGGGAGCAGCCACAUUGUCUCUGUUCAGCCAUGUGUGCAAAGAGGUUUCUAGCCAGCUGGGAGCCUCUGCUGCUCACCCCUCAGCUGACACGUUGCCUCUCUUGCCUUCCUGCUGAGCCACACACCCUCCUUUCCAAUAAUGCUUGCAUCAACUCUAAGGGUUUAGAGCUCCACAAAGUGGAGCUGGUCCUUAGGGCCAGGGAACUCUCUGGCCAGGGCCUGAGGCUGGCUCUUGCACCCAAUGGGUGUGCAAUAAAUAGAACCUACCAAAAGAAGCGUGCAUGUAAGUGUGUAAGGGUGUGUGUGUGUGUGUGUGUGUGUGUGUGUGUGUGUGUAAGAGGGAGUCAGUCAGGUAGCCACAGCCACCUGCAGUGUGUCAGGCUGUAUCUUCCUUUGCCCCCUUGUGAUAGUAUGUUUGUCUGUGUGUCCUGUAUGUUCCUAUGUGUACCCCAACAUCCAGUUACAAGGUAUUUAAGCUCAGAAACAUUUUUUCAUCCACUUGCUGUGUUUUUUAUUUCACGGAUGUUAUGGGACUCCUUACAUGGCCAGUACUAGGGGAUUUGAAAUGAGCAAAAUGUCCCUGACCUCAUGAAUUGGGAGUCUUGCCCACUGUUUCCAAGCUGUCAGUACUAAGAUACACUUUAUUUUUCGGGGGAAACAUUUAUUCCUACUCCUGCCUCACAACCGGAGAUCUAAUCUGCAGACCUGUCAGGUGGAUAUGUGUACAUGUUUGAAACAAGCAUAUGCUAAACUGAGAUUUAGCAGAAGUUAACAGCCACACAAGAGUCCAACUUGUCUGAUUAUAUUGAGGAGAAAACGUAGCAUGGAUAGAUAUGACAUGGCCAGGGCUGAUGCUUACAAGCUAAGUGGGUGUGACUGAGUUUUUUGACCUCAUUAAACACUUAUCCUAAUGUCUAAUGCCAGAAGGAAAGUUAAAGGUCUGUCCACCGUGU